AUGGCAGAACCCACAGAGCACGCGGAGCGUGCAGAGCGGGCCAACUCGGUUGAUUCGCGCUCCUCCGAGCGGCGGAGGUCCAAGGUGUCGCGUGCGUGCGACCAGUGUCGCAGCAAGAAGACCCGCUGCGAUUACAGCGACGAGAAAGCGAUUUGCACAACCUGUCUGCGCAGCGGCAAACAGUGCACGUUUGAGCGUGUACCGCUCAAACGUGGGCCCAUCAAGGGCUACAAGGGCCAGGGGGACGAUGUAGAGAGCUCUGCGCCGUCUAGCCGGCGGAGCUCGCGCAAGCGCAGCAACUCGGAGAGUUGGCCGUCCAAGACUCACGGCGCAGGCGUCGGUGCUGCCACCGGUGCUACUGCGGCAGCGCUAGCGCUGCCGCCGCUUGCGCACUACUUGCCGCAGUCGUACGCCGGCGCUCGCACACACACGCUUGUCGGGCUGGAACCCCAGCAACAACAAUUCUGGAAAGUACCGUACCAUGAGUACCAGUACGAUCGGCGCAGCUCGGUGGGGUCCGUCGGCAGCGACCUCCACGUCCAGCAACCGCGCGACCGUACCCCCUCCAGCAUUUCUACAAGUUCCACGGUUUUCAGAGGCUCGCAACGCGUGCCCUCCGACGCUGGAAACGACAAUGGCAGCGUUGACGGCUCCAGAAAGUCUCCCAGCGAACCCGCGAUUUUGAGACAUCCGUCCGCAUCGCCUUCCCAGCACCAAUAUCCUUACUCGCAGUUCGUGCUCGCACAGCAGCAGCCGGCGCAGGCGCUGCAACCGCCCGAAGGACCUGUGGGACCCGUGGGACCUGUGGGUCAGCCGCCUACGGCCCAGCAUUUUAGGCAUUUCGAAAACGGGUUCCACUCCCGCAAAAGCAGCGAUGUCAGUGAUGCACUCUCACCCAAUUUCUCUGCAGUCAGUCACUCGGGCCCACAGCCAGUUUUCCUCUCCACGGGCGAAGGCGACAAAAACUCACCCGAAGCGAGCUCGUCAGCGAAGAUUCGAACCCCCAAGAUCCAUGAAAAUAUCGAAAAGAGAAGCAAGCGGCAAAGCGAGCAGAAAAGUCAAGGCGACUCUCUCUAUUCUCUGGGAAAGGCUUCCUCGGAAAGUCCCUUUGGGUCCAUUGCAUACGGUCAAAUUCCUCACAUUCAAUUGAUCGACAUAUACUACGAGUUUGUUCAUCCAAACUUCCCCGUGAUCCCAAUCAAUAAGCGAACUUUAACCGACGAUCUUCUACUUUUCAAUACGCAGCCCAUUUCUGGAAUCCAUGAACUUAACAACUUCGUGCUGCAUUGGUUCCGCAACUCUUUGGAACUAUUGAUCCGCGUCGCUUUGAAAAGGCCCGUUUCCAACAAUGGACUCAGAAUAGAUCCGCUCACUUCCCAAAUGGGAUUCAUUGCAUCUCUCCGGGAAUGUUUUCAGCAAAUUGUAGACGCGCAACCCAGAUUGAGAGGAAACGAACAACUCAUAUCUCCCAAGAUCAAAUUCAUAUACCUCAGCGCUUUUACCAUAUUAAACUAUAUUUUGGCGCUAGUAGGGUUCGAGAACUCGUACGUGCUGGGAAUGUCCGUCACCAUUUACAACGAGUUCAAAAUACAUCGCUACUUCCUAUUUGCGGGCAUCCUGUCCGAACGAGGUGACUCUUGCGAGGUUCAAGAAAAUGGCACAACAGCGGAUAAGGAGUCUCGACAUACUUCGAACCCAAAUGAAACGGUACCCAAGGAGGGUAGAUUUUAUUUGCUUUACAAACGGCUGUACGCUUUGCUUGCCAUUGUCGAUUCUCUUCAAAGUUGCUGUUUUGGAGUGCCUAAACUGAUCAGCGUCCCGCUUACGGGCAUUACUGCAGACGCGUUCAAACACACAGAUGACAGUUGGAGUGUAGAUUCGGAUCCGGCCAGAGUUGAACUGAUAUUGAAGAACUUGAAACUGGGAGAAACACUUUCGGAACUUGCUAUGAACAGAGAGACGAUGUCUGGCGACCACGCUCCAAGGGCUGCGCCUCCCGACUUGGAAUUGUCACCCUCAGACAAUGACAUACCGUCCAUGUUUAUGCAGACCUUGUAUCGAAAGAAACGGUUGCAAUUGCUGUUGUUCGAACUGGUUGAUUCCGAGGGAAACUUCAGUACGUUGACCUCUGAGAUCGCCACGAAACUCGUUGAUCAUGUGUGCUCUUUGAUCUCUUGCAUACGAAUCAUUUUGACCCUAAUUUUGAAAACGAAUCCAACCAACGGCAUCGACUUCAGCGCAAGGCCGCAUAUCACUAGCCCUGACAUCGAGCAACACCACGCGCCUGACCCGCAGCCCGCUGAAGAGAAUCUCGACAUUUACAAAAAGUUGCUGGGCCUGAAUGAAUCGCAGGACAACAGCAUUUCGCGCGGUACCGUAUCGCCGUACUUGGCGGCCAUCUACCUCGAGCUCACUAACAUUUUGGAACACCUAAAACACAUGCCAACCUCGCUGAUCGCGUUGGUCAUGAGUGCCAAUUCGGGAGAAACUCCAGUGGUCCCGCACGCACAACAACAGGACGUGAUCAUGACCUUAUCCAACUCUAUGAAUGAUGUGGUCCAGAUUACAAGUCUCAUCAACGUGCUGCAACCGUUGAAAAUGUUGGAACGGGUUUCUCCUACAGAAAAGCAGUAUUCGCAAUCCAUCAUGAAGCUCAAAAUGGCACCGCUGGAACUCGUCAAAUCGCCCUUGGAUAAAACCUUACACAAUUUUGUCGAUCUUGCUUGGAAAUUACUCGACGACGACGAAUUAGGCUGGGCCUAA